AUGGUUUUGGAGGACGAAAGCAGCGACGACCAGUCUAGCCUCCCGUACAUGCAUUCUUCCUCCACAGACGGUCUCAACGAGGUCACUACAGUCCCUUUCAGCCUUGAAGAUCCAGAUUACAAGGGGCUUGAGCUGGAUGUGAUGUCUCCAUGUGAGAAGCACGGCAUGGCAUCUGAGAGGCUUGUUGCCUUUGAAGGAACAGACACAGGCAGGCGGUUUUUAGCAUGUGCACAGCCGGCAGGUAGCAAUUGUGGCUUUGUUGAAUGGGUUGAUCACCAGUGGCCCCCAACAAUGCAGAAUGCAUUGUUGAAGCUAUGGGCAAUGGUUGAAGAUGCCAAAACUGCUAGGGUGAAUGACAAUCUUGAAAGUUCUUUCACUAUCCACCAUCUGACAGAAGAGAAGAACAAGCUGGAUGCCAACUAUGACAAGCUAGUCCAAGAUGUGCAUGAGCUGAUGAACUUCCAGGAAGAUAAGGUGGUGGAUUUCAGACAUCUGCAGUCUGCCAUUACAUAUCAGCAGGAGGUAAGAAAAGAACUGAUUGAUGAUAUGAAGGCACAAAUGGCAAGUGAGAUGGCAAAGAAAGAUGAAGAGACCCAGAAACUUACUCUGAAGUAUGAGCUGCUGCUCAACCUAACAAGAGCUCAAGCAACAGUCAUUCAGAACUUGAAGUUGAACAAAAUGAAAGAGAAGCAAGUGCUUACUGAAACUAGUAUGAAUUUGGAGCUGAAGAAUGCAGAGCUAACAAAGUGUCAGGAGAAGCUCACCCAACAGAAGCUAGACUUGAAGCUUCAGGUUGCUGAUCUGCUUAAGGGAAAUGAAAAGCAUAUUGAAGAGAAGUGGCAGUUAGAGUUUCAGAAUGAAAAGUUGAAGGAGAAGUUCAGGGGGAUUCAGGCCAUCUUGGAGAAGUGAAGAAGAUGAAAAUGAGAUUAGUGGCAUUGCUGACCUUUUGGGAAUGAUGGUUGUGUAAUGACCUAGCAUCUAGGAACUAAGGUUGUGUACUGUAUGCUUGUACUAAUGGUGAACUAUGGCUGUGUAUGUAUGUAGUAGUUAUGCUAUUCAUCCUUU